GGAGCUGACAUAUGAAUAAAGAACUAAAGAAGCAUGUAGUGAGCUUGGCAGGAGGGUGCGGCGCCUUUAAGGCUCCCGGAAACGGGCCGGCAGGACCGGAAGUGACUCUCUUUAGUUCCCCCCUUCACGUGGUGCGGACGGGAAGUGACGCGCGCGGCCCGGGAGCUGCAGACGCGGAGGCCGACGGAGCCGGAGUCGCGGACGCCGCGGGGUCUCCGGGACAGUCAGCCACACUGGAUCUGAAAUCGAAGGAGGAGAAAGAUGCUGAGUUGGACAAGAGGAUCGAGGCUCUUCGGCGAAAGAAUGAGGCCCUCAUCCGGCGCUACCAGGAGAUUGAGGAGGACCGGAAAAAAGCCGAACUCGAGGGAGUAGCCGUGACAGCACCCCGGAAGAACCGCUCAGUGGAGAAGGAGAACGUGGCAGUUGAGGCGGAGAAGACCUCUCGAAGGUCUCCCGGGACCCCACGGCCCCCAGGUGCCAGCAAGGGAGGCCGGAUGCCCCCCCAACAUGGAGGCCGGGCAGGCAUGGGCCGGGCAGCCCGCAGCUGGGAGGAGAGUUGUGGGGAGCAGCCUCGAGGAGGAGCUGGGGGCCGUGGUCGGAGAGGCCGGGGCCGAGGGUCCCCUCAUCUUUCUGGAGCUGGAGAUACCUCAGUGGCUGACCGCAAAUCUAAGGAGUGGGAGGAGCGGCGGCGGCAGAACAUCGAGAAGAUGAAUGAGGAGAUGGAGAAGAUUGCGGAGUAUGAGCGCAACCAGCGGGAAGGUGUGCUGGAGCCCAACCCUGUGCGGAACUUCCUGGACGAUCCCCGGCGGCGCAGUGGGCCCCUGGAGGAACCUGAGCGGGACCGCCGGGAAGGCAGCCGCCGGCACGGGCGCAACUGGGGGGGGCCUGACUUUGAGCGGGUGCGCUGCGGCCUGGAGCAGGAACGGCAGGGCCGCCGGGCUGGCCUGGGCAGCGCUGGUGACAUGACGCUCUCCAUGACGGGCCGGGAGCGGUCGGAGUAUCUGCGCUGGAAGCAGGAGAGGGAAAAGAUCGACCAGGAACGCCUGCAGAGACACCGCAAGCCCACUGGCCAGUGGCGGCGGGAGUGGGAUGCUGAAAAGACCGAUGGGAUGUUCAAGGAUGGUCCAGCUGCUGCCCUUGAACCAUCUCACCGCUACGAUGAUCAGGCCUGGACUCGGCCCCCCAAACCCCCCACUUUCAGGGAGUUCCUGUCCCAGCACAAAGCUGAGGUCAGCCGCAGGAAGAAGAAGAGUAGCCGACCCCAGACCAAGGCAGCCCCUCGUGCCUACAGUGACCAUGAUGACCGCUGGGAGACGAAGGAGGUGGUGUCCCCAGCCCCUGAGGCCUCACAGCCCACUCCACCUGAGGAGGCGCCCACACAGCCACUUGAGACUCCAGCUCCUCCUGCCCACCGGCCCCCUGAGGAUGAGGGGGAGGAGGACGAGGGGGAGGAUGAGGAGUGGGAAGACGUGAGUGAGGAGGAGGAGAUCGAGGAGGAAGAAGAGGCUGAGGAGGAGGAAGAACAACCAGCCCAAGACCAUCAACCCCAAGAGGCUGACCCCACCGGAAGCCCUACCAGAAGCCCCACUGGAAGCCCCACCGGAAGCCCCACCGGUGAGCAGGCUGACAAAGAGCCCUUCAGGCCAGAGGAGCCCCUGCCACUUCCCCAAGCCCCUGCCACACCUUCUAGCCCCUUUUUGCCCCCUGGGGACCACCAGCCUGUGUCUGACUGGGGUGAAGAGAUGGAGCUGAAUUCUCCCCGGAACACCCACCCGGCUGAUGCCCUGUCUCCGGGUGAGGCCUGGCCUUUUGGAAAUGCAUGAAGCUUGCUGCUUGUGUUGUGUGUGCGCGCGUGCAGGGGGGAUCGUGAGGGGCUGGGCCCCAGGACCCCGUGUGCCCCACCACUUUGGAGGCUAGGGAGGACAGUCCAGGCCUGUCUCUGGAAUGCCCUCCCCUCAGAUCCUGCCCCUGCUCUGGGCCACAGAUCCCCCUCCCCAAUAAAGAAUUCACGUCCUCAAAU